AUGGCUGAGCAACGCAGAGGUCCCGGGAGGCCCAGAACUAGGAACGUGGAGCCCGAGCAAGUAACUGGAAGUGCAGGUGUGCCUUGGCAACAGAUGAUGCAGCAGAUGAUGCAGCAAAAUCAGAUGAUGGCUCAAAUGAUGCAAGGCAUGCAUGGACAACAACCUCCUACUCAAGUUCCCGUUCCUCAAGCUGCAGCUGGACCAGACUUUCGUGCUUUCUUCAGGAUGGAUCCUCCAGAAUUUGUUGGCGGACUUGACUCUCUUUUGGCCCAUGAUUGGUUAGCUGGUAUGGAAAGGGUGUUCCAAGCUAUUCAGUGUACUGAAGAAGAAAAGGUGAUCUUUGCUACUCAGAAGAUGAAGGGACCGGCUCUUAGGUGGUGGAACACUGCAUCUACCUAUUUCACCACACAAGAGAUUCCUAAGGAUUGGAAACACUUUAAAGUAGCAUUCUUGGAGAAGUAUUUCCCUAAUAGUGUGAGGACUCAGAAGGAGCGAGAAUUCCAGAACUUCAAGCAAGGUGACAUGUCUGUUUCUGAAUAUGCGGAGAAGUUCGAGGACUUGGCUGAUUAUUCCCGACAAGCUGUUUAUGCUCCGGAUGAACUAUGGAAGAUUGACCAGAGGAAGCACACUGGAAGUUGUGAGAUUUCUUCUGUUAGAUGUUAUGAGUGUGGCGAGCAAGGUCACGUAAUAAGGAACUGCCCGAAGAAGAGAGCUCCUGAAAAGACUGCAGGUCGUGUGUACACCCUGGAUGCAAGAAAGGCUAAAGGAAACAACAAUCUCAUUGCGGGUACGUGUUAUGUUAACAACCAACCUUUAUGUGUUCUAGUCGAUUGUGGAGCUACUCAUUCUUUUGUCUCUACCGAGUGUGUUUACCGACUUGGUUUGGAAGUUAUUCCAUUAACCGAACCCAUGAUUAUUUCUUCGGCGACGGAUGAUACUGUGGAAGCUCGACUGAUUUGUAAAGACUGUUCAAUGUCUUUUAAUGGUUGA